UCAUCCCAGGACUCUCGUUCUCUCUCUCUCUCCCAGUGAUGCACCGAGGCGUGCCAGUGUGUUCAUGUGAUGCAGGAAGGAUGUGUCCUAAAAGAGUCAAACUGAGCCAAACUGCAUCACUUCUGAGUCCGAUCACCGCUCAGCACUCAUCUUCGGAGAAUCCCCUUUUCGCUUUGCUGUUACAUCCGGUGAAAGAGAAGAAACCGAAGAGAACGAGAGAAGGAUUGUGAGAUGGGAGCUACGGCAUCAUCCUCGCAGCGGGACGGUGGAUGUGCGGAGGACGCAGCGGCGGAGGAGCUCACUGCAGCGGCCAGCGAUGCUCGGGAUGAGGAAGAGGGCAGUGCUGAUGACAAGUUAUUACAGAAAAACGGGCAGAUCUCCAGUUUGAAUGUAAAGACACAGAACCAUGCAGAUGAAUUAGAUGGCAACUUUGAGGAGAGAGUACUUGCAGAUGCUGGUUCAGGGUUUGUUACUCUGAAAGAAGAUGGCACAGAAACAAUUGAAGACCUCCAGGAAAUGGAUGCUCUUCAACCAGUCAUGAAGAACGAGAGCACAGAGAUGGUUAAUGCAGAAGAAACUAUGGAGGACAACCAAGUGAAUGAUAUCAAUGACAUUGGCUUCAAAAAAAUCUUCAGAUUCGUAGGAUUAAAGUUUACCCUAAAAAAAGACACAUGUGAAAAGACUGAAGCAAAUGAGCCAGAAGAAAAAGUCAGAUGUGCCUCAGAGGACACCAGUGACAUCCAGGAAAACAGUGCAGUGGCAGCAAAUGAAAACACACCCGAUGAAACUCAAAAAAGUGAGUUAUCUUCCCAGACUGAUUCAGCUGAACCCUCUCAACAAACAGAAAAUAUAAAGGAGCUGGAUAAGGACUUAAAGACAUUGGAGGAUCAUGUGGAGGACACACCUGAGAAAGAACUGUCAAAAGAAGCAAGUCCUGAGUCGGAGGAACCGAUGUCACCAAUCAAGCAGUUCUUUACACAAGGAAUCUUUGCCAGUUUAAGAAAGAAAAAGAAAGAAGAGGAAAUGCAAAUAGAGAGUAAAGAAGAGGAGCUCAAAAGAAUUGAGAAAAUGGGUGUAGAAGAGGCAGAAAAAGAGGACAGUAAAUGUAUGUGCCUUGAUAUUCAUUAUAUUACUUCACAGGAAGAAAAGGAUUCGCAGGAGAAAGAUAACGACGAAUUGUUACCUGAAGGAGAGCUUCAGAAUUCUCUAGAGAAAGAUAAGGUACAAGGAAGUCCACUUAAAAGACUUUUCAGGAAAUUUUCCACAAGAAGGCAGAGAGAAAGUAAAGCUGCAGAAAAGGUGAUCGAAGCUGAGGAACAAGUCUCUGAACAGCCCAAACCAUCCUCGGAAUUGAUAGAGCUUGCAAAAGUGGAGGAACCAGUGUUUGGGGAACCAAAAACUGCUGAAGAGGAGCUGGUGGCCGAUGUAAGCCCUCUAGAGUCCAAAAAGAAAUCUGACACCACCACUUCCUGGGAGGCACUGAUUUGUGGUGGCUCUGCUAAAAAAAGGGCUAGAAAAACAAAUGAGGAUGAAAAGUCAGAUAAAGGAGAGGGAUAUGAGAAAACAACUGACUCUCCACUUGGAAGUUCCAUUGAGGGUGAUUAUGAUCAUCUCACAUCAUCUAAUGAACAAACUGGAAGUCCUGCAGAAGGAGAGAUGGGAUCCACAUGGAAAACAUUAAAAAAGAUGGUCACCCCAAAGAGAAAGGUCAGAGCUGGAGAAAGUAGUACCCCGGAGCAGAUACCUUCAGACAGUGAGAUGAGCAAAGAUGAAUCAUUUUCUAUGAAGAAACUUAUUCCAGGGCAUAAAAAGAGAAAAUCGGAUGCAAGGAAAGACCAGACAUCCUCCCAUGAGGGUGCUAAGGAUCAUGAAACAGGUGAUGAAGAUGAUGAAACACCAGCUAUCAUUCCUCUGUCUGAGUAUGAAAUAAUUGAGCCUGAAAGUCUGAAGGAGGUGAAUGAACAACGAGUUGAAAUCACAAUCGAACAUGAGAUGCCAGAGAUGACUUCACAUGUGUUAGAACAGGACACAUCUACUAACCUAGUGCCUAAAAUUGCAGUAAAAGUUCCAGCUAACACUGGACCAACAGUCGUACAUGUAUUAUCAGAGGACUUUGAAGAACUUGCAGACUUUCUGAGCAAACAUCAGCAACUGAGUGAUAUUCCAGAAGAAGGCAUCAAUGAGGAAAGCAUUGAAACACCAGUAUCAUCGGAUGAGUGGACAACACAGGUUGACACCUUGGCUGAGGACAUUGUAGAGUUGACAGCUGAUGCGGUCACUGCUCCAGAACCAACAAGUGAGCAAAUUACUGGGGAUGACAGUACUGAAAUGGUCUCGGCAGUCUCACAACUAACUGAAUCUCCCAGGUCAUCUGGACAUGUUACACCAGUGUCAGCUGAAUAUGGCGUACAAACAUCAGAUGUGAUCCUACAGGAAGCCAUUCAAUCCAUUUGCAUGACUCCAAGUGUUCAAUCAGUAACUACAAAAGAUGAAAGCCAAGAAUCUCUGGCUGUGUCAUUUUCACCUUAUAUUGUACAGUCCUCCACAACAGAGGAAACAAAGGUUUUGGUUGCGCAUAAGAAAACUGAGGCAACAGCAAUAUGUACAGGCCUAGUAUCUCAAGAAAUAGAAUCUGUUGAAGAACAUCUCCCUGUACCCUUAAUGGAGGCAACACUUGAAGUAAGUGAUGCUGUUUCAACUGAAUUAGUCUCGCAUAACUUUACAGGUGAAACCGAAACUGCAGGACUUGGGACGGAUGUGGUCUAUAAAGCUGAAAUUAAGGAACUGAAGACUGAGUAUCUGAAAGUAAUUGUAAAUGAAAAAGAAGAGCCUCUUGUAGAAGAAUCCAAGGAAACUCAUAUAGAAGACAAAAAAGAGGAACAUACAGCUAGUAUUGAAUGUAGAAUGGUGAUUGAGAUGAUGCAAAGUGAAGACACCCAUGAUCCUGAAACGGAGUGUCCACUGCAUUUUGUGUUAGAUGAGCCUGUGUAUGAAGGACAAGUAGCUGCUGAACCUGAAAAACAGCUGACACCUUUAGAUGUUGAAUUGUCAGCUGCUGAGUUUGAGCAAGCUGCACCCACGGAAGUAGUUGCAUCUUUGACACACGGUGAUGUGGAAAACGAUCCUGAUACUACCACAAGUAAAGAAGUCAAAGCAAUUGAAAUCAUUGCUUCUGCUGUGGAGUGUCCAGAAACCAGAGAGACUGUUAGUAUUGUAAGUCAAAUUUCAGAUCACAUUCAGUCAGAGACACUGGAUUUAGAAGAGAGUUUAAAAUUGGAAGCAGUUGAAACAGUUGUAGAUGUCUGUGAAACAAAAGUUGAAGUAAAAGAUGCAGUCUUAUUAGCAAGUGAUUCAGCGGUGACCGUGGAGGACAUCAGUGAGAAAACAGAAGAAAAUGAUUAUGAAAAAAUGGCACAGCUGGACAUUAAGGAAAUACAUGUAGGAGAAGAGACUGUGGAUGCUGUUGCUUCAGACAUUGUUGAAAAUAUUGAGGUUGAAAAUAUGUCAGAAGCUGUAGAUGAAUUAUUAGCCAGAGAAGAGUUGCCAGCCAAGGAAGUGUCACUUCCAGAAUCAACAUUAGUUGAAGAGCUCCAUAAAGAAGACACUGAUAGAAAUUUGGAUGAUAAGAAAGUGAAUGACAGUGCAACUGACAGAAUGGAUGGGAUUUUUGUGAAAAAGGAUGAAGAACAUGGAGUAAAGGAAGGGCAAACUUUAACAAACACUGAAAGCAAUGAAACAGAGAAUGAAGAUGUUUUUGUUCACGCAAGCACUACUGAUGAAUCUCCAGAAAUAAUUGUUGAUGCAGGAAGUGAAAAUGGAUACAUGGUUCAUAAAAUAAGAGAAUGCACGGUUGUUCCUGACUGUUCAACAGAUAUAUCUGAGAGCACAGAAACACCAGCCAAGCUUGAAGCUAUUUCUGAAAGUCAUACUGAAACCUCUAGAGAUGGUGUUGCCAGAAGUAGAAGCAAAACCUUUAGCAACAGAAAUUGUGGUUUCUCAAACAGGAGACUGGAGUCUAGAUACCAAACCAAGUACAGAGAUUCCCAAAGAGAAUGCACAACCAGCGACAACUGA